ACCCAGGAACCCCUGCUCGAGCCGGCGGAGGCGGCGGCCGGAGCAGAUUAACAGAGCUUUUCGAGCUUGCAAGGAGGAUUCAACAUGCGGAGGAAGCUGCUGCAGUUCCCGUCCCUCGUCGCGCAGCACGCCCUCCGCGGGGCCCCAACACCCAGAUUCCAACCCCAGCCCCACCACCACCGCUUCCUGCACUCCCCCUCCGCGCCCACAUCCGCAUCCCCUUCCUCCUCCCCGUCGGCCCACCUCAUAUGGAAUCGCCUCUCCGGCUCUACCGGGAUCUCUCCCUUACCGAGGACCGCCGCGGACGUCGCAGCGGCCGCGCGGACCGCCGCGUCCCGGUGGUUGGCCACCGCGCGCGGCGCCCGCUCUCUCGAUCUCUUCUCGCUGCCGCGGUGGCGCAGGGCCUCGGGGCGGCAGUUCUCGCCUUCCCCUUUCCUCCAAGGCGCGACCUGGGCGUCCUGGAUGGAGUCCGCCGACGGGGCGGUGUGGAUGCUCAUCGGUGCGAAUGUUGCUGUCUUCCUGCUGUGGCGUGUGGCCGAUCCAGGGUUCAUGAGGAAGCAUUUCAUGAUUUCACUGGACAAUUUCAAGAGUGGACGGUUGCACACCUUGCUCACGAGUGCUUUCAGCCAUGCAGAGUUUAAUCACCUCUUUGCCAAUAUGUUUGGCCUCUUCUUCUUUGGGAGCAGUAUUACGAAUGUGUUUGGUCCUGCCUUUCUAUUGAAGUUGUAUGUUGGUGGAGCACUUACUGGAUCAGUAUUCUUCUUGCUGGAGAAGGCUUUUCUAGCCUAUCGGAAACAGGAUUAUGUAGGAUGGGAUACUUCAAGAGCUGCUGAACUUGGUGCAAGUGCUGCAGUUAAUGCAACUAUGCUUCUUCAAAUUUUUCUGUAUCCCAAGGGACUAGUGUAUAUUUACUUUGUCAUUCCUGUUCCAGCUGCACUUAUGGGCGCAGGUUUGAUUGGUGCUGAUUUAGUGAGGUUGAAGAGGCAUGGCGAUGUAUCAGGUUCAGCUCCUUUAGGGGGCGCCCUGGCUGCUGCUCUUGUGUGGGCUCGAAUUAGGAAAGGCUGGAUCUGAUCUUCUAAUGUCAUAUAUGUGGAUGGAAAGUGCAAAGGCAAUUGGGUUUCUGCUCCUGGAUCUGCAGUCACCUUCUGGCUUAUUGGGUUGAAAUUUGCAAUUGUUAUCAGAUAAUUUGCUUAGAAUUGAGAGGAUACCUUAUAAAACAUACUCUAUCCCUGCAUUCUUUUUUAUUUGUCGUGGUUUAGUUUAAAAACAAACUAGCGGACGAUAAAUAUUUGAGAGCAGAGGUAGUACUACUUUCUGUUCUCGUGGGCUCUGGGCUGGGCUUCUGGAGGAUAUUGUCAACUCUGUCAGCUGAAAUUUUUAGAGUCCAGUGAGCUUUUCUGGCAAAGCUGUUACAAAAAACCAUUUGGCAAAAUGACUUCUACACUGUUUUUUUUAAA